AUGCACAAGAGAAGACAACACAAGGAACUAGCUGGUUGUGCCUUCCAGUGUGAUAUCUGCUCAAAAACAUUUAUUUCUAAAUCUAAACUGGAAGAACACAUGAACACGCAUACAGGAGCCAAACCUUUCAUUUGCGAUAAAUGCGGGAAAGGUUUUCAAAAUGAUUCAAACCGGAGAAACCAUUUUAAAAAUGCACAUAAAGACGCAAAGGACUUUUUUACUACACAUCGGGACAAAAUGUUUGCCUGUCAUAUUUGUGAAAAGGAUUUUAUGUCUGACAACCAGAGGAAAGGACACGUGAAGAGAUAUCAUUCUAAAGAUGAUGCUCCGGUGCAAUAA